GUCGCAAUCUGCGCAGAUUCGCACUCGCUCUUAGCACACCGUAGGUGUAAGUUUGUGGUGCAGACGUUGAUCUACGGAUCUCGUUUGAUCCGUCUCGAUUUAGUAAUAACAGGUAAUAAUAAUUUUUCUUUCUAACCGAAUUCGCCGUUUUUCUAAUAUAUAAAAGGGAGAAGAAGAAAAAAAAUGUGGAAAGUCGUAGUUCGUGGAAUCCGAGAAACGUUGGAACGACGUGUCUGUCGCACCAACGUUUAUUCCCAAUCAUCGCAGGAUAAUGCUAAGAACGAAGUCAAAACAAGCUUGACAUGCCAACAAAAAUUUCUUCCACCAAUGUGUAUUACUUGUGAUAAGAGUUUUUGUGGACCUGCUAAAAAUGCAGGUGCUAAUGAUAAGAAACACGAAUGGAAUACCAAGCAUAGUUGGCCAGAGGCUGUUGGUUGGUCUAGCGUACUGGCAGCUGGACUAAUUGUGUGCCAAACUCUUUGCCUUCAUAAAAGGAUCUUCAAUCGUGAGAAUAAGGAAACUUUAAAAAACAAAUUAUAUAAUUACUCUGGAGUUCCAUUUAUUCUCACGCAAAUAUUGAAUUUAGAAAUAAAGAAUAUUCUGCCAGUUACUAACUGUGUUGGUAAUAGUAAUGAAAAAUCUAUGCUACAAGAUUCAGAUUCACAAUGGAGCGCAGCCAAACCGUUUGGUCCUAUCACCCUUGAAGAGGCACUUAAAGAGGCUGCUGAUGAAUUUACAAAUACUCAUAAUGUAGUGGUAGGAGAAUAUGAACUUCAUUACGGUAUAAAAGCGUUGAAGGAAAAACGCUACAAAGAUGCUUUCAUGCAUUUUUCCGCGGGCGCUAAUCUAUCAUCCCCCGGAAGUAUGUUUAAUUUAGGUAUAUGUUAUGAAUUAGGCAUUGGAACUUUAGCUGAUCAAAAGAAGGCUAUAAAAUAUUACAAUGAUGCCGCGGCCCAUAAUCAUGCUGAUGCGUUAUAUAAUGUAGGAGUUUUCAAUGCUCAAGGAAGAGCUGGUUUACCUAUUGAUAUUGAUAUUGCACGAACUUAUUUCGUUAGAGCAGCCAAGCUGGGCCAGAUACAAGCGCAAUAUGCACUUGAUUUAGAAAAAGCUGAUACUUUGAAGAAAAAUAACAAUACCUCCAUAAUAUCAAAUAACUGUUCAACAACUGAAAGAAAUUUAGAAAAGAAUAAGGCAAAUGAUACGCGCAUAAAAUUAAAUAAUUACAUGUUGAAUACAAACAUUGAUCAAAUAUUAAGUACGAAUUUCACCACAAAAUGUACAGUCGAAUCGCCAGGGUAUGAGAAAAUAAUCCAAAAUAACACUCAAGUAUUUUUAGAUUUUCUCGGCUUAAAAGACUCUAGUCCAGCCGUUAUGAUAACUACUAAUGAUUGCCAUGUGCCAUGUUAAAAAAAAUACUUUUGUUGUAUCAGCGUAAGAUUCGCCAAGCAAAAGAAUCAUAGACAGUACAAAUGUAUUAAUUUCUACAUUAAUUUUUUGUGUAUAAUAUUUUUGUGUUUCAAGUAUUCAUACGUAGAAAUACGUAUUACAUAGAAAUAGGGAGCGAUAUUUGCUCAAUUUAUAUGUUGUAUAAAUCUGGUUGCUACUUUAAGCAAUUUCACGCCCAUUCGUAACAUUUUCAUGUUUUAUUAUUUUAAUAUUUUUCAUUUAAG